AUGAGAGAAGUUGUGGCACAAAUAAGUAAGCAAGGUGGUGGCACUGAUGGGCAACGGAUAGGAGAAGGGUUCGGCAAUAAUAAUACGUGCUCAACAACAGACGUAUACAUAGCUCAAAUUGAUUCAGCACCAUUGCCCAGCGGGAUUCCAACCUACAAUGUUAUAAUAGUGAAUGCUUGUGCAUCCGGGUGUAGCAUAUCCGACAUCCAUGUCAAAUGUGAGGAUUUCAGCUCCGUUGAGACUGUCAAUCCCACCUUGUUUCGGAGACUCGCUUUCGAUAAUUGCCUCGUCAAUGAUGGCAACUUUCUUGCUCCUGGCAAACAGUUGAGUUUUCAAUAUGCCAAUGACAAGCGUUACGAUUUAUCUGUUUUCUCUGUUGCUUGUUAA